AUGCCUGUUAAAUGGACCCCUGAGAACGAUCAGCUUCUCCUUCUGAAAAUCCUCGAGACCCACGACCUCUCAGUCGACCCCAAGCGUGUGGCAGAUGCCUGGCCCACCACCGUGGAGAACGGCAAGGAGAUCGACCGUCCCACUCCUCGCGCCAUCACCGAACGUCUCGUUCGCAUGCGCAAAGCCACCUGCAGCAGCAACGACGGGCAUUUCAGCAUCAGCAAAGGCAACGCUUCUGGUCCCUCGACCCCCCGCAGGCCUCGUGCCGCCGGUCCCAAGACCCCUUCGAGCAGACGUAAGCGUCCCAGCCCAGCCGGCGAUGCCGACUCGACUGCCUCGAAGACCGUCGAAGAGAGCGAUACCCCCACGAAGAAGCCCUCGCGUCUGAACAGCAACGGCGGCCAGCUCGGCCUGGUCGGCUCCACUUUGAAACUGGAGGCCACUCUGAAAAUGGAAGACGAUGACGAGGUGGGCUUCGUCGGCCAGGAGUCUCCCGUGAAGCGGCUGCGCAAGGCAAGCGCCCUGCCUUCUGGUAUGGUCAGCUACAAGGUUGACGAUGAUGACGAAGACGCGGAUGAGGACAUGGAGAGCUCUGCUUCCGAGUACACGCCGGAUCACGCCCGCGAGGAGAACGAGGAUCUCUAUGUGUAG